AUGGACAAGAAGCCCUCGAAUACAUCUACGUCUACAACCACAACAGCAGAGCACGUACAAGAAUCGCCGUCACCAUCACCAACAAGAGACACCACUCCCCUCGACGAACACCUAUCAACCAGCUUCGACCUUGACCGAGGAAGAAGCCCUGCACAUCCCACCACUACUCCAUACACCGCCACGAGAGACGAGCAAGAGGAAGACAUCUCACGCAACAGCCCCGAGAAGCCCUCCAAAGACAAAGGCAAAGACCCAGACCCAGACCCGGAGAAAGAGAUGAGUUAUUACCACCGUUCUUCGUCGAGCACGACCUCGUCGCCUGGAGGAAACCAACGGCCCGGACCCGAUAUGUUCAUGUCGAGAACGAGUCCCUCCAGUUCGGCGAGUACGCCGCGGCAAGGCUCUGAGGAGGCAAAGGGCGAGGAGAAGAGGAAGGAUCGAGUUUCGAGUUCCGGUGGGAGUGGUACUGGUGGUGGGAGUGGAAGCGGUAGCGGAGGCGGCGGCAAUAAUAGCGGCGGCAGUGCGGGUGGCAGUGGUAGUGGCAGUGGUAGUGGGAGCGCGAGCGGGAGUGGGAGUGGAAGUGGAAGCAGUCGAUCCAGGCUGGUUGCGGGCGUCUUUGUGAGAUAUUGA